AUGGCAGGUGAUACUACCACGCUGUCAUGGAAAGUGCCCACCCCUGGCGCCGAUGGGCCGAAGAGCCCUGUGUUUGCCCUUGCUGGAGAUGGAGGAGCUGUGAAAAUCCUCAAAGUGUGCUUUAGCAGCAGCAACAACCUGAAGAACUUCAAACUUGUCAAGUGUGAUAGCUCUUGGAAAAUAAGGGCCAUCAUCCAGUCAAUUCUGAUUAGUGGUCGUUUAGGGCCAAAUGUGCAGAAUGCAGGCUGUUUUGGUCUAAGACUCAAACACCUGAAGUCUGAGGAGCAUCACUGGCUGCACCCUGACCUGACUGUAGGAGAGGUGGAGCAGCGCUAUGAGAAACUCCAUUUAGAGGCAGAGUGGAGGUAUGACCUAAGGAUUCGCUAUAUACCAGCUAAUUACCUGGAGAAGUUGAAAGAAGACAGAACUUCAUUAUUAUAUCUCUAUCACCAGGUUCGCAGUGACUACAUGCAGCAGUAUGCCAGUAAAGUCAGUGAGGGCAUGGCACUCCAGCUGGGAUGUCUGGAGAUCAGGAGGUUUUACAAAGACCUAAAUGACAAAGGUCUUGAAAAGAAGUCCAAUUUUGAAUUGUUAGAAAAGGAAGUUGGUCUUGACCUUUUCUUCCCACAGAAACUAAUAGACAGUAUGAAGCCUAAGCAGCUGAAGAAGUUGAUCCAGCAAACCUUUCAGCAGUAUGGUACACUCAAAGAGGAAGAGUGCAUGUUCAAGUUCUUUAAGACCUUUGGUGAAUUUAUUAACUUUAAUGAAGAAGUUUUCCCUUGUGAACUAGUGCAAGGGUGGAGUCUAGCAGUGGAUUUAGUUAUUGGAGCAAGAGGUAUUCGUCAACGCACACAAAAAGAUUUAUCGACAGUCUGUCUAGCAGAAUUUAAACAUAUCAAAAGUAUCAAGUGCACAGGACAAAGUGAUGGAAAAGCUUUGCUAGACAUUGAUAUAAAGGGAGCCAAACAGCCUCUCUCUGUCAAUGUGCCUACAAUGGCAAUAGCAGAGAACAUGGCAGACCUGAUUGAUGGCUACUGUCGGUUUGAAAACAACACAGAGUCAUCAGUAAUAUCUCGGCCCAAUAAAAGUAAGCUGAAAAAUGUCGAGCUUCGUAAUUCACUUCCUGCAAUUCCCUCAAGUAUGCUGUCUAAACCGUCAAAUGAUACUGAGCGUCACAGCAGGAACUCUGAUAUAUACUGUGAAAUACUGGAUGAAAAACCACCUCCUCCUGUGAAAUAUGGAAUCUCGAGGAAGUCCAUUGUCCUGGGACGGAUUUUGGGCUCAGGAUUUUUUGGAGAGGUCUAUGAAGGAAUUUAUAAAAAAGAGAAUGGGGAGAAGACCAAUGUGGCAGUGAAAACCUGUAAAGAGUGCUCACCUGAUGUCUUGGAGAGAUUUAUGAGUGAAGCAGUUAUCAUGAAAAAUCUGGACCACCCUCAUAUAGUGAAACUAAUAGGUAUUAUAGAGGAAGAACCAGUGUGGAUUGUCAUGGAACUUUACCAGCAUGGAGAGCUUGGGAACUACUUAAGCAAAAACCAGAAAACCUUAACCAAUGUCACAUUAGUCCUGUUUAGCUUGCAGAUUUGCAAAGCUCUGGUCUACUUACAGGGAAAGAACAUGGUGCACAGAGACAUUGCUGUGAGGAAUGUGCUUGUUGCAGCACCAGAUUGUGUAAAGCUAGGUGACUUUGGGCUGUCCAGAUACAUAGAGAAUGAGGAAUAUUAUAAAGCCUCUGUUACUCGAUUGCCAAUCAAAUGGAUGGCCCCAGAGUCCAUUAACUUCCGACGCUUCACCACUGCCAGUGAUGUAUGGAUGUUUGCUGUCUGCAUGUGGGAGGUAAUGAGUCGUGGACAGCAGCCCUUCUUUUGGCUGGAGAACCGGGAAGUGAUUAAUCAGCUGGAACAGGGCAUUAGGCUCCCCAAACCAGAGCUGUGCCCUCCUGCUCUGUACUCGCUCAUGACCUGCUGCUGGAGCUAUGACCCGAGCGAAAGACCCAGCUUUACUGAGCUCGUCUGCAGAAUUAAUGAUGUACAUAAAAUGGAAAAGGAGUUGGAAGUGGAAAAGGAGCGAGACAGAAAUCGAGUCACCAAGUUUCUGGAGCCUAACAUCAAGUUCAACUUCAGUGAACCUCCGCCAAAGCCUUCAAGACUGAACCCUGGACGAUUUGGGAAUACGCUCAGCAUCGGUCUGCAUAUACAGCUGAAUGAGGCAUUGUGUGCAAGUUCUCCAGACCUGGCUAGUCCCUGUGACUAUCAGUCUCCUGUAGACUCCACCAACAGCCUCUCAAUUCUCAGCAUGCCUGCUCGGCGCCUCAGUUUUACGGAAGGGGAGUUCAGCCCAGGGCCGUCAAGUGUGGAGGACGCACAGCGCCUGUGGCAGUUAGAGAAGGAGCGUUUGCAGGAGACUAUUAAGAAACAAAAAGAGGAGAUGGUGGAGGACAAACAUUGGUUGGAUAAAGAGGAAAAACUUCUGGCUCCUAAUGUGAAUGGGACCACUGUAGUGGAGUUGGCACCAGACCCCCAGCCUAAUAAUGCUGAUCUUCAGAAGGCCCCUGCAAAACCUCCAAGAAUUUCAGUGCAGCCGGCCCCUACAGCAGAGCUGGACCGCUCUGAGGACAAGGUGUACCAGUGUGUAAUGGAUCUGGUUAAAGUGGUUGUGCAGCUGAAAAAUGAUGUGAACACUCUGCCAUCCACAGAGUACAUAGCCAUAGUCAAGUCUGUUGGAUUGACACUGCGGGAUCUGAUUUCCAGUGUAGACGAAGUUCUUCCAUCUCUGCAUGGAGCCAUUAGGACAGAGAUUGAAGGUACCCAGAAGCUGCUGAAUAAGGACAUGGCAGAGCUGAUCAGUAAGAUGCGGCUGGCUCAGCAGAACUCCAUCACCUCUCUUAAGGAGGAGUGCAAAAAGCAGAUGCUGGCAGCAGCCCACACACUGGCAAUGGAUGCCAAAAACCUGCUAGAUGCUGUGGAUCAGGCAAGGGUGCGUGCUAAUAUAGCCAAACCCAAACCUGAGGAUGCAGUCCCCUCUGAUACAGACUAAAGAAAAAGUGAGUUUUGUCAGUGUAAGAAUUUUUCAGCAAUAGUUUCCUGGAUGCUGAUUAGCCCUGAAAUCCAUUACUGGUUUAAAAUAGGAUGCAUACUACUUAUACUACGUCUCAUUUAAAGCACCAUAUACUGUAUAUCACACAGUACAGCCCAUACAAGUGUGUGGACUUGUAUGCAAAAUCCACUAGUGCAAUGAGCAGUAUUAAAUUCAGUGCCACUGUCUGACUAUGUGUGGUAUCCACAUAAUUUAAUCUCUCAUUUCAUCUCUUUUUUACAUUUCUUUUUUCAUCAUGGUCAGGGCUGCAGUGAAACACUAGAUGUAGGACAAAUACACGUAUUACACUUUGGAUGGGGCAUCAAUCUAUCUCAGAGC